AUGUCUUUUAGCAGAAGGAACUGGUCCGAUCUCUCCAGCCUGGCCAGGCAGAGGAACCUUGAGGAUGAAGAAGAGCAGCAAAGAGAGCGCCGGCGAAGGCACCGCAGCCUCUUGUCCUCCACAUCAACGGAUGAAGAACCUCCAAUCCCUGUCAAAGACACCAGUCCAGCCUCCAGCAGACCUCAAUCCCUGGUGAAGCCGGUGUCUCCAGAGGAUGAGGAAAAGCAUAAGCUGUCAGAGGUGCUGAAGACACAAGAAGGGAGGCGGACAAGGUCCCCGAUGGCCGUCUCUGAAAAGCUGAGGCAGGAGAAGGAGCAGCAGGAGCCAGGGGUUGGAGCGAGCCGCGUGGAGGCAGGGAUACAUCCACGCGUGGGGCAGGAGAGCAUCUGGGCUGGAGAGCGGGGCCAGGACGCUGCGAAGGGCAGAGGGGACCCGCCAGGAGACCAGCACCCUGAGCCAGCCACGGAGAGGAAGGUGGUGGUGAGGGGCCGGCUUCAGGACAAAGAAGUACAAGGUGUGGAGACGCCUUGGGGGGAGAAGAGGAAGGAGAUGCUGCCACAGAGGGAACCGCCGGAGGUGGGGGGCUGCCGGCUCCGCGAAGUGAAGAUCCUGACCAGACAGGGAAGCCGCAGCACAGAGGAGAAGACAACCUCGGUGGGCUGCACCCCAUGUCUGCUUUUUCCGCAGCAACCACCCAGGAAUCCCUCAAAGGAGGUAAUACAGCUGCCUCCCACCCAAGAUGAACCUACAGAAAAGUCAGAUACUUCUCCAACUCCUGUCACCUACAGCAGCUCCAUCAGACGAACCAGCCCAAGAACCGUCUCCUUUCGGGUGAUCUCAAGAAAACAGAAGGAAGAAAGCCAAAGCCCUCUCACAAGGAGCGCAAGUCUGAGGAUCCCAGGUAGCAGCACCACCAUUGGGGAGAAGCUGGAAAAGUACAACUCAGCCGUGCAGCGCUCGGAGGCAGUGAAAUCAUCCUUGACUAUUCAGAAGAGCCUCUUGCUGUCCUCGGAGGGGGUGGCCAGCAAGCGCAACUUCUUCGAGGGGAGUGCUCCCAGCAAGGCUGAGCCGCUCACUGUCAGGAAGGACAACCUGAAGAUUCCGGGAUCGGUGACAUCCCGCAUUAAUCUGUGGAUCAGCCGAGCUCAGGAGCCUGACAAGGAGGAAAAGAUCAAGGACAUCAGGAAAAUAAACAGCCUGCCAAACCGUGAUGUCUGGGUGAAGCAUCCUGGAAACACCCCUGGAGACACCAAGGACAUCAGGAAAAUAAACAGCCUGCCAAACCGUGAUGUCUGGGUGAAGCAUCCUGGAAACACCCCUGGAGACACCAAGGUAGAUAUGGAGUUGCCCUGA